AUGCCGCAGAACGAGGAGGAAGGGGCGGAAGAGGCAGCAAGACAAGCCUUGUUCUCCUGGGCCGUGACAGCGUUGGGGCAGGCUGAAGGAGUCGUCGACAGUAAGAUCGAACUUGCUGAAGAUUCGUCGAACUUUGCGAAGUUUGUGGCGGAGAACAGAAGAAGAAGCACCGGCAAAAUCGACAUGUUGAAGCACGGGCUAAAUGGGAGUGACUUUUCGGUGUGGGGGAGUGACCAGUCCGGGCUGCAGACAAACCAACUCCUUGCUCUGCAGCAGAUUUCCUACGAGGGCCCACUGGCUUCUCCAGAAGAGGGUGAUGAGGGCAGCAGCAGCAGCA